GUUAGCAUCGACAUAGAAUAUCUGUUGAUUUUAAUAUUAAUGACUAGCAACACUGACAAAAGGCGGGAGGUCGAACUGUCAAAGUGAGAAAAGAAUGGAAGUUUUGUUUGUUAAAAAGUUUAAGAAAGUUGUAAGAAAUUAAAACAAGUGUUGAUUGUUAUGUUGUGAUUCUGAGAGAAUAAAACUUUAUUUAAGAUACUUUUGGUGCAGUUUUAAUGGAAGAAGACUUACAGUUUCAGAAGUGGUAUAAGACCUUUGCUAAUUAUUUCCGCAUUAUUCUCAUCCUGAGAAAAAGUUUUCUAGCACUAGCGAAACUAUAUAUUAGUGUGAGAACAUUGUUUAUGCAUCGUGAACUACAUUAUGGAGGGCGUCAGUGAUUAUAUGCAAAGUAGUCGCAAAAAUACAUCACGUAAACGUCGCCGUCGACACUCAAAAAACGCGGAUCGUAAAACAGAAACGAGUAAGAGACGCCAUCAUACGAAAUCAAAACAUGUUUCGGAUGAAAGAAGGGAUGGAGUACAGAACAAAGGAGAAAAGGGCCGUCGUACGUCUCGGAAGUUUAGACGUCGUUCGAGUUCGAGGCAUCGGAGUCGGUCGAGAUCGUCGUGCAGACUUGACACCAGGAAGGACUCAUGGCCGAUCGAGGUCAUUGAGCAGCCGUCUUACGGAUUCGUCGCGACGUACGUCUCAUAGCCGUUCGAGUUCGCGCUGCCAGCGUAGUUCGAGACUACGACAUCGUGACCGCACACGUCGUCACCAGAGUAUGUCACCAGAAGAUAACAAAGUGAGUCGUUCCAAUUUUAAAGACACUACAUUUUUGCUAACUGAAUUGAUUAAAUCAAUAUCUAGUAGUCGUUCCGAAGGAAAUAAGUUCCCCAUGUUAGGCAAUGUGAUACCAGAGUUUGAUCCCAUGUCUAAAGGCCAAACUAUUGAGAUGUGGCUUAAUAAAGUGGAAGAAUGUGCUCAAUUGUAUAAAUGGGGAGAUGAUCAGAUAAUUCAUUAUGCUCUUCCUAAACUUAGUGGUGUAUCCCGGACAUGGUAUCAGAGUCUCCCAUCGAUGUCGUUUUCGUGGACCGAAUGGAAAUAUAAAUUAAGGGAGUCAUUCCCGUCCACUGAUGAUUAUGCAGAACUCCUUAACGAAAUGUUGUCAAAAAGGGUUAAAUUUAACGAAUCUUUAGAAUUAUAUUUCUAUGAAAAAAUCAACCUCCUUAAUAGAUGUGACAUAAAAGGUAAAAGGGCAGUAGAUUGCCUACUAUACGGAAUAGAAGACCGCAGUAUAAGAUUAGGUGCUAAAGCAACAAAAUGUGAAGAACCGGAACAAGUUUUGAAAUAUUUCCAAUCAAUUAAACAGCAAUCUCGAGAGUUACAUUUUAAAACAAGGAACAACUUUGAUAAAAGGAACAAUAAUAACAUACCAAAUAACAUAUCACAUAACAUAUCAAGGAACACAAAACCUUAUGAAAGGACCAAAUCUAUAACAUGUUUUAAUUGUAAUGAAACCGGCCAUUAUAGUUAUAACUGUCAAAAAAAAGAAAUUAAGUGUAGUAAUUGCAAUAGACUUGGACAUUUAGCUAAUGUUUGUAAAGAUGCAUCAAAAAAAAGAAAAUGAAAAGUCAGUUAUGGCAUUAUCUACAAAUAUGAAUGAAAAUGAUAAAUAUCAUAUUAAUUUAAAAAUAAAUGGUCAGCCUUUACAAGGGUAUGUUGAUUUGGGUAGCCAGUGCACCUUGUUACGUCAUAGUGCUGCAGAGAAAUUAGGUAUCCAUUGGUCUUCAGAACAACCAUUACCUACAAUGCGUGGCAUUGGCAAUCAUGUUGUUUUACCACUCGGUAAAGUAACUAUUAAUAUUGAAAUUCAGGGUAUUAUGCAAUCAGUUGACAGUUAUAUUGUUGAGAAUAAUGUUAUUAAGUAUGACAUAUUAAUUGGCCAUAGUUUUACUGAAUCUCCAGGCAUAACCAUAACUAAAACCACUGAUGCUUUGAUUUUUAGACGAGCCGUACCAACAAAAUUAAGACUUAUUCUUUUAAAUGAUAUUUUGAUUCCUCCAAAGGAGACAUAUGUGAUAAAGGUAAAAAGUGAUGUUAGUUAUUCAGGCACAAUAAAUGUUAACGGCUCUCUACGUGGGUAUGAUGGUAAAGAAUACUAUCUUAUGCCUGGUGAAUACAACGUAGUGAAUGGAGUCAGCGCAUUAUUGAUACAAAACCUAUCAAAUAAUAAUUUAUCGUUAAAACUUGGGUCAUUAAUAACACGUGCCUUACUCACAGAUUCUAUAUUAGAUGUAAAUUUAUUAGAUUUUAGUGAUACAAAUAUUAGUAAUUCAAUAAACUAUGACAACAAAUUAUCCAAUGAAGAAAUAUUUCAACUUAAAAAUAUCUUACAAAAGUACAGCCAAUGUUUUUCUUGCAAUAUGAUGGAUUUAGGUUAU